AUUGCAUGAGCGACAUCAACAACGGAGUCGCUUGUCUAUUGGCCAAGCCGAUACUACAAACUAUAAACACAUAUAGGAACAUAUUUUGACAGGAGCUACAUCGCUUUAGAGCCGCUGCGAAUUUCUCAACACACGGUGCAACUGGGCCUAGCAAGAUGGUAAAUGAGGACAUAAUACGAGCGAAUCUUACUGGUGGGGCCCCUUGGGGAUUUCGAGUACAAGGGGGAGCUGGAACCAACAACCCCCUCACCAUCUCGAAGAUCAGGAGAAGAAGCAAGGCCUAUAAUGCUAAACUCCAAGAAGGGGAUAUACUCGUGAAGAUUAACGGAAAAUCAGUCACAAACGCAUCGCGUGACGACGCAAUGACGCACGUCGAAAAUGCUACAGAUUCGCUAGUUUUAGAGGUGAAAAGAAAACUUGCUUCAGCGAUGGGCGCAGAGAAGGUACAAUCAGUGACGUCACCAGUUCGUAAGACGGCCAAGAUUGAGAUCACCCCUAAAAUCAUUCCCGCGGUUAAUUCAUCGUCAGUAAUGCAGAGGACGGUAACACAAACCGUCACAGAUGGUGACAAAACAGAGAAGACAACAACUAGAACUUUGACCCAGGACAUCGAUAACAAGAAAUCUACUGAAAUGACUACAGAACGGAAAGUCUUCGGAGGUAGACCACAGACCAGUAAUUCAAAUCCUAAAGGAUUUCAUAGUAUACGUUUUCAACCCUCUACGAUAGCCCCUGGCAUAAAGCCAACAGUUUGGUCUUCCUCCCACAAGCCAAUUGCCGAGCCGGAACCAGCUCAAAUGACCACCUACAAGAAAACGACAACUACAACCCAGGUUCACCGGACAUGCGAAGAUUCCCCAGACGCUGGCGGAAAUAUAAAACAGUUCAAUGCAACCUUUACAUCCAGUAAUAAACCAAAAGGCGUCUGGUCGCCCGCGGCUACUAGUACACCGGCGAAAGAAUCUGUCGGGAGAACGUGGACGCCUACGUCCCGUGACAGUCCUGUUCUGAAAGAAAUCAAAAUAAAUAACGUCGAAUCGAAUAGCAGCACCUGGACAACUCCAGUCGUUCACAAAGCCAACACGAUUGAGAUUAGCUUUACAGCACCCAGGGACACGACGUCUAUGGUCAUUAAUGACGACGAAAAUACUUCGCCCAUACCUCCAGCACCCCCUACACCGCCUAUUAAAGAAUCGGCAAAUCUCAACAGUGGAAACGGCAACGGGGUGAUUGAAGACCCAAGCGUUAUUCUUCGAAACUUGCAGGCGGGUAUACCGGUGAACCCGAACGAAUUUCAAGCUCAAGUAUCUAUUGAUGGUGACGUGCAUCCCGAAGACGUUCGAAAAGCCUGUAAAACGAUAUCCGACCUUCUGCUAUUCCCGACGAACAAGAACACGAAGGGGGCAAGAAUGUUUGCCAAGCGACGGAAAAGAAGCGCCAAAUGGACAUUAGAAAGUGUCGGACAAGGUCCAGACGAAACAGUCACGACCACCGAGGAAGUAUUCCACGAAGAAUCGACCGUAGGCCCUGCCGGUGGUGUUUCAAUGUUCCCCCCGGGAUUUAUUCCGCUACCACCAACUCUACCCCCGGUGCGUAAAUUGUUAAUUGAACCUAUAGACUUUAAUGUGAAUUUAAAGAGUAAAGAAAAGUGUAAACACGACGUAAUUCCGCCUGCUCAAUGCAACAUGCUCGUUCAGGAUCUAUUGUCGCAGUCUGGCCGUGGUGCUCAGAUGUUUGAGAAAAGGCGAAAGCGAUCUGAAAAAUAUGUGGUACCAGAUAAGCCUAAGAUGACGUCACCCCAGGUUGUAUUGAAGAAACCAGAACGUGAGGAGCCGGUGAACGUAUCUCUUGAAUUCAUUGCCAUGCAAGGUGUAGGAACAGGUGCGAUAGGCAAGCCGAAGAUGACCCCAUGGGAGGCAGCGUCAAAAGACCCCAAAGGUAGAGUUGACGCUGCCUUUGACCACCUCAAUCCAAUGAGUAAGCCACUUGAAUUUACAAAGAAAUUUGAAAAGCCUAAGCCCCCUGCCUCGUGGAUGCAGUCAUCCAACAUCGUCCCCGAUUUUAGACCCAAAAAGUCGAUUUAUUCUGUAGCAAGACCGACAUUUAAGGCCGAUGAGAUUCCGUCAGAAAAACCAGCGACCCAAAAUGGUGAACUACCACCCCGUUUCCAUCCUAAAUUUGAUGCGAGAAAUGCACAUCCAUCAUCACAAACAGACAACACUGACAGUCCAGGCUUAUCUAGGGUCAACUUCCACCCAAAUCCCAGGUCCUGGACAUCACCAGACAGUACCCCUGGAAUUGUAUCCCCUCCAUCUUCCGAGUGUUCCCUAAGCAAUGAAUUCAAACCCAACGCAGGUCUUCCGACUGUUCCAUUUAAAACGCCUAAUUACAAUUCUAAGCCGAGGGGCUUCCGGUCCCCGCCGACUCGAAGCGAUUCACCAAGAGACCGCUCCAGUCCAGCUACCGGUAUGAUCAUGGAAAGUGACGAUUUAUAAAGCAUUUCUUACAAUUGAAAUCUUAAACGAACGUUAUGUAAAUACGUAUGAGUAAUAAUAGUUGAUGUAGAUUGGUUUAAAAAUGUGAAAUAAUAGGUAUAUAUCUUUCGAUAUAGAAUUUGUAAAUCAAAGCUCCUCAUGUCGAAUAGUAAUUUUCUAACAAUAAUUUAAGUACGGGUGUUGAUGAAGAUGAGUGUUAUUUGUUGUUAACAUUUUCAACAAAAUAUUUUGUUUGCUGUUGUUAUUUUUGGUUUAUUGUCAUUUUUAUUUCAUCAGUGGAUGCAAAUGUUGAUGAAUUACCUUAUUAAAUGUUUUACAAGAAUUAUGGAUAUUAUAAGCUGUAGGAAUACACUAAUAUUAUUAUUAUCAUCAUCAACAUCAUAAACAUCAUCAUCAACAUCAUCAUCAGCAGCAGCAUCAUUUAUUAUUUAUUACUAUGAUUAUUAAAGUUGUUAUUGUUUCAGACCUGUAAGUUAUAAUUGUUAUGAGUGUAGGUGGCUCCACACUUGAACUUACCUAGAGCUAAUCGUGAACAAUUCAACAUCACCAUUUAUUAAUUUUCUUUUGUUUCGUGCUAUUUUAAGUAUAAAUCCUAUCUUGGUGGUAAAUAGCUACUUGGGUCUUAUAUGUAUUAAGCAAUUUAAUUUCUUAUUUCAUUUUGUUUUCAAAAUGUUCAAUUAUACUCUAUGCAAUCGUUUUAUUUUCAUUAUGGAAUCUUAUAGUUCUUGUUACGUUACUUUUGCUUUGCCAAAAUAAGAGGAAUCUAAAUAUAUAAAUAAACCAUUUAACAUUUUUUCUGGCCAUCUUAUUGUGAAAAUUAAGAAAUAUUCUACAUUUAGCUGGUACAAUUUAGGUCUUGGCUCAUCUGCCGUAUUAAUAAUUGAACCAGGUCUCUUGGAAACAUAAGGCACUAAAGACUACUCCUAUAAUUGCAUUGAACUGUCGUCACCAAAACGACGUGUAGGCCUAAAAAUACAAGAUAUUAUGCAUCCUUUGAAACUAAAGUUGCGAGAACUAUCGGGCAUUGAGGUGCUGUUAAGUUCCAAUAUGCGAUGGUCAGACUAUAGGUGACUAUUUUUAUGUAGGUCUAGAUAGGUACUGUACUUGUUAACAUUACAUUAAUAUUGUUCACGUAGGCCUAAUUAUAUUUUGAGUAUGGGUGACCUCAUGUGUUCGUAGAAUACUGUAAGGUACAUUGUGUAACAGUUCAGCAAAAUGGUAGGCCUACGUUUGGCACUGCCAAUUAUCGAUGCACCCUUGCUUUAACUGGACCUUUCUGCUAAACUUGGAUAUAGGAUGUUGUGUUGCUAAGGGUCCCAAAAAAUGACAGUCUAAUGCCGGGCACUCGUUGCGUCGUACGACGAAUCCAACUCCUCCCUGUGAUACGACGCCGUCAACUGAUUGUCGGUUGUAGCUGGAUGUAGUCUGAACGAAUCGUCCUUAACAACGAUCCGUUGCGCGCGCGUCGUUGAGCUGCGUUCGCCAUAGAAUCGCGUUGCCCGACGACGGUCGGGCGCAGAGUGAGUGCUUACUUUGUACGUACACAAUUGUGCGCUUGUGGGGGCAACACGUGUUCUGAUGUGGUCAUUUAAGUUUAUUUUUACACUAUGGAGGGGCCCAUACAUAAGCGUGUUAAUAAUAGAACUAUUUUGAUUUUUGAUUGUUUUACAAAAUCGAGUGUGAAUAAAACAUUGACUAAAAACCAAUGGCAUGUGUUUGAAAAACAAAAUACAUUUUUGAAACAAAUACAUUAACAUCUUAAAUAGCUGGCCAGUUUUAUAAACAUAAUUUUUUACUUUCCAAAUGUCAUGGAAUAAUUGUAGUCAUUACCGGUAUUAAUACAAACGUAACGCAAGGUAAAAUCCAAUUAGUCGUUGACAUAUCGCGAUUAUAAGUGUAAUAAUGAUAUUAGUAAUUUGUUACUGUAUUUUGUAUAGUUUCAUCCGACGUCUUAGACAAGUCUUUCUAUAAACUGCUGACGUAAAUGUAAUGGUGGAUAUAUGACGUAGUACACAUAAUUAUUGUUUAAGUAUUUUGAAAGAACUGCAGUAAAUAAAAGAUAUUUUUGAAGAAAGAUGUUAGCAAAUUUAUUUUACCAGUAACAACAUGAAAUGAUGAAUAUGGUACACACCAACUGUUGCGGCACAUUUGAGUGUAUCGAGAGUAAAGAAUUAUGUGGAAUUCGGCAAGAGAAAAUGAAAAUUUCGUAUUUAAAAGUUUGGUUUUCGUAAAAUCGCUACCGCGUUUUCACUGUGUUGCUGGUCCCCAACGAGAUCUGGGAGGUUCUCCGAUUCGACCGACCAAUCAGCGUCUCAGACAGCCCUGUUGGCAAUAACUUUUAGCGAUUAUAUGGGACAAAUGAAUGCUAGAUGCGUCAGGUCACAUUGUGUUACGCUACGUUCUUAAAAACUUUUAUGUGCAUUGCGGUAUUGAAUCGGAGUAUUACGACGAAUGUUGACACAAAAACAUUUUUUAUAUAAGUAUUGUGCGUAGAUAGGUUGAUUUGAUUUCAGAGGCGCUUAUGAUUUUAUUACAUUUUCUAGAAAAUCGAUCAUAGUAGUUGUGAAUCUCGCUCAAUCUGUAUGUAUGAAACAAAAGGAAAAGUAGUUCCGUACAGUAAAGUAUAGGGUAAUAUUAAUUUUAGAAACCUGGUUUUAAAACGUCAUACAAUAUUCUUAAAUUAUUUAGAUUGUUUCCUUGGUAAAUAUUUGUUUUCUGAUUAGGCCCGAGUUUGCCUUGAACUGCAAUAAAUACAUAUUUUAACAAAAA